CUUCCAAGGGACUCAUUUGGAUGUUUAUCGUUUUACUCGCAUCCGGGUUGUCACUGGAAAUCCCUCGACAAGGACGUCAAAGGAUCGAAUCUAUAGCCAGGACAGUUACAGUUGCAGUGACGGAAAUAGCAUUUGAAAACAAACCGACACUGUGCAUAUCUCUAGUCAACGCGACGAGACCUUGUGUCGGAAGACAGGCCCAUUGGUCACGUAUUCCGCCAGCUGAGUUAGCGGAAAUCGGCGUACAACCGUCAAUCGUGCAAAAGGUGGAAGUGACAGACGCUCCAGCUAUGUCUCGUUUAAACGACAAAGAUUUGGAAUUGCUAAAGUUAGACGACCGGCUAUUAAUGCCGUCUCUGAAAGAAACGUUAGAAGAAAAUGGCCGUCAACAAUCCAGCGGAUUCCUCCGACGAUUCACGGAUCGUUUCAGCAAUGCACUUGGCCUGGCACGGACUGUUGUGCAAACCGUAACAGAAACGAGAACAAUGACGACCACUUAUACAGAAUCCUCUGGGUACAACCAUUUUUACAUCAGUGACUGUAUUCCACCGACUUUGUACUACCCCAUCUGCAAGAAGUACACGGAUGACGCGGAGUAGUAAACUUACAAACGCUAUGAUUACAUAAUUUGUCUACGUUACGCUUACUCAAACUGUUCACAAUACUCUUGUUAAUUAUCCUACAAAUUUAGAUAUUAAACGCAAAGGAAAAAGGA